AUGGCCAGCGCAGUGCUCCCUGCCGUCUCGCUCCCGGUGGACACGCAGCACGCCGUGGCGGCGGGAAGGCGGCUGGUCCCAGCACUGACCACAGUCCCCGUCCACACAGGUCUAAAUGAGAUUUCCUCUGUGCACCCGGGCCUCCAGAGACUGCAGGACUCCCUACCCACAGCUCCAGACAAAGGCUGGUGCUCCACAUGGGGGGCCGGCCACUUCUCCACUUUCGACGGCCAUGUGUACGACUUCCCGGGAACCUGCAACUACGUCUUUGCGGCCAUCUGCGAGGACGCGUCACCCACCUUCAGCGUCCAGCUACGGCGUGGGCCCAGCGGGAACAUCUCGCGGAUCAUUGUGGAGCUGGGGGCCUCCGUGGUCACCGUGCAGAAGGCAGUCAUCUCCGUGAAGGAUGUGGGGGUCGUCAGCCUGCCCUACACCAGCAACGGGCUCCAGAUCACCCCGUUCGGCCAGAGCGUGCAGCUGAUGGCCAAGCAGCUGCAGCUGGAGCUGGUGGUCAUGUGGGGCCCGGGCAGUCACCUCCUGGUGCUGGUGGAGAAACGGCACAUGGGCAAGCUGUGUGGUCUCUGUGGGGACUUCAAUGGCAAGCAGACCGACGAGUUCCUGAGCAAGGAAGGCAAACUGCUGGAACCACACACGUACGCCGCCCUCCAGACACUGGACGACCCCAACGAGAUCUGCACCUACACGCCAGUCACCAGCCCCCGGGUCCCACAGGCAGAGCACGCCCAGACUUGCACCCAGCUGCUGACCCGGGUGGCCCCCAAGUGCAACGUGCCCAAAGAGCCGUUCGUGCAGAGCUGCCAGGUGGACAUGGCCGAGUGCGCCCAGCCAGGCCAGCAGGACUGCAGCUGUGCCACGCUGUCUGAGUACUCGCGCCGCUGCAGCAUGGCCGGCCAGGCUGUCAGCAGCUGGAGGGGCCCUGGCCUCUGCCCUGUGGGCCCGUGCCCGGCCAACCAGGUGUACCAGGAAUGCGGCGAGGCCUGCAUCAAGACCUGCUCCAAUCCACAGCACACCUGUUCCAGCUUCUGCACCUUUGGCUGCUUCUGUCCCAAAGGUAUGGUUCUUGAUGACGUCUCCAAAAACCACACCUGCGUGCCCGUCACCCAGUGCCCUUGCACGCUCAGCGGAGUGGAUUACGCCCCCGGGGAGGUCGUGACAGCUGCCUGCCAGACCUGCCGCUGCACCAUGGGCCACUGGACGUGCGCAGAGCAGCCCUGUCCCCGCCGCUGCUCCCUGGAAGGCGGCUCCUUCGUCACCACGUUCGACGCCCGGCCCUACCGCUUCCACGGCACCUGCACCUACAUCCUCCUCCAGAGCCCGCAGCUCCCCGACGGGGGCUCCCUCGUGGCCUCGUACGACAAGUCUGGGUACUCUCACUCGGAGACCGCCCUGGCUGCCGUCAUCUACGUGUCCAAAGAGGACAAAAUCGUGAUUUCUCGAGACGAGGUUCUCACCAACAACGGGAAUGCCAAGCGGCUACCAUACAAGACUCGCAACAUCACAGUCUUCAGGCAGACGUCCACCCACCUCCAGAUGACCACCGCCUUCGGGCUGGAGCUCGUGAUCCAGCUGGAGCCCGUGUUCCAGGUGUAUGUCACCGUCGGGCCCCACUUCAGAGGCCAGACCAGAGGGCUCUGCGGCACCUUCAAUGGGGACACGACGGAUGACUUCAUGGCCAGCACGGGCAUCGUAGAGGGCACUGCCUCGCUCUUCGUGGACUCCUGGAGGACGGGGAACUGCCCGGCCUCGCUGGAACGCGAGACAGACCCUUGCUCCAUGAGCCAGCUCAACAAACUGUGUGCAGAGACCCACUGCUCGGUGCUGGUGCGGGACGGCACAGCGUUCGAGAGGUGCCACGCCACGGUGAACCCCAGGCCCUUCUACAAGAGGUGCGUAUACCAGGCCUGCAACUAUGAGGAGACCCUACCCCACGUGUGCGCCGCCCUGAGUGACUAUGCCCGCGCGUGUGCCACACACGGCAUCCUGCUGCGGGGCUGGAGGAACAGCGUGGACAACUGCACCACCCCCUGCACAGGCAACCAGACAUUUGGCUACGACAUCGGGGCCUGCGGCCGCACGUGCCUAUCCCUGUCAGACCACGCCGCUGAGUGCCACCCGAGUGCCGUGCCUGUGGAUGGCUGCAACUGCCCGGAGGGCACCUACCUCAACCAUAAGGCCCAGUGCGUGCGCAAGGCCCAGUGCCCCUGCGUCCUGGACAGCAACAAGUUCAUCCUGGCUGACCAGUCCGCCAUGGUCAACGGUGUCAUCUGCUACUGUGUCAACGGCAGGGUCAGCUGCCCAGGGCGCCCCCAGAUGCUCCUUGCCACCUGCUCGGCCCCCAAGGCCUUCCAGUCCUGUGGAGACUCUUCCGAGAACACAUUUGGGGCAGCCUGUGCCCCUACGUGUCAGAUGCUGGCCACCGGCACCCCCUGCGUACCUACCAAGUGCGAGCCCGGCUGUGUCUGCGCCAAGGGGCUCUACGAGAAUGCCAGCGGGCAGUGCGUACCCCCCGAGGAGUGUCCGUGCGAGUUCGCGGGAGUCUCGUACCCCCGGGGCGCCGAGCUCCACACUGACUGUAAGACAUGCACCUGCUUCAGGGGGAAAUGGACGUGCUGGCAGAGUGCCCGCUGCUCGUCGACCUGCACCCUCUACGGGGAGGGCCACGUGGUCACCUUCGACGGCCAGCGUUUCAUGUUCGACGGCAGCUGUGGGUACAUCCUGACCACGGAUGGCUGCGGGGCCAACGACUCACAGCCCACCUUCAAGGUCCUGACGGAGAAUGUCGUGUGUGGGAAGUCAGGUGUCACCUGCUCCAGGGCCAUCAAGAUCUUCCUGGGGGGCCUGUCCGUCGUGCUAGCGGACAGGAACUACACGGUGCGCGGGGAGGACCCCCAGGUGCGGCUGCGGGUGAGCACCGGCUCCCUGAACCUGGUGCUGGACGUUGCCAUCGGCGGCAGGUACAACCUGACCCUUGUCUGGAACAAGCACAUGACCGUCUUCAUCAGGAUCACGCGUGCCACCCAGGAUGCGCUGUGCGGCUUAUGCGGCAACUACAACGGGAACAUGAAGGACGACUUUGAGACACGCAGCAACUACGUGGCAUCCAGCGAGCUGGAAUUUGUAAACUCGUGGAAGGACAGCCCGCUGUGCGGGGACGCCAGCCUCGCGCUGGACCCCUGCAGCCUCAACGCCUUCCGCCGCAGCUGGGCGGAGCGCAAGUGCAACAUCAUCAACGGCCCCACGUUCGCCGCCUGCCACGGCCAGGUGUACCGCCUGCCCUACUAUGAGGCCUGCGUGCGAGACGCAUGUGGCUGCGACACCAGCGGGGACUGCGAGUGCCUGUGUGACGCGGUGGCCGCCUACGCCAAGGCCUGCCUGGACAAGGGCGUGUGCGUGGACUGGAGGACCCCGGACUUCUGCCCCGUCUACUGUGAGUUCUACAACACCCACGCUCGGGGGGACGGCGCGCACCAGUACGACCAGGAGGCCAACUGCACGUGGCACUACCAGCCAUGCCUCUGCCCCGAGCACCCACAGAGCCUCCCAGACACCAACACCGAAGGCUGCUACAACUGCUCCCGGCACGAGUACUUCGACCAGAGCACGGGGACCUGCGUUCCUUGCAUGCCGCCGCCCACCACGCCGAGGCCCACCACAGAGUCACCUCGAACCACCUCUGCCAUCACCACACGGGCCACUUCGGCACCAGCGCCAACGGCCACUCUCAAGUCCACGGCCACGGGACCCACGGUGACGCAGGCCACCACGAAGUCCACGGCAUCCACGCUCAGCUCAGGGACGCAGUCCACGUCUCGGUCAACAGACUACACCACAGCAUUACCACGGACCCCAGACACUUCAGAGACCUCUACAGGACGCCCACCAAGAACCCCAACCUCCGUGACAUCCACGGCCACGGCCUCAACCAUCAAGCGACACACGCCACUCACUUCUCACCCCACGCCCACGCCACCAGUCUCCACCACCGCCCACACGACUGGUCCCCCCAUCGGGACAUCCUUCCGGACCACCUCUGCCCAGCCCACCCCAUCGCGCCCCGAGACCACCCUCUCCACGCACGCUGCUCCCUCUACUACAUCCUUGGUGACUCCCACCACCCACCGCGUCAUCACCCCAACACACCCGGAGACCCCUUCAUCCCCCUCCCCUGCUACACACCCGAGCUCCACGUCUGCACCUCCACACGUCCCCAGCACGGGGACACAGCCCACGCACACCACCCCGCCACUCACGCGGACCACGCACACCCCUAGCUCACUCAGCACGGCCAAAACCUCCACUCCCAGGGAGUCUUCUCCUUCCUUACCCAUCCACCACGAAACCUCAUCCGCCCCCAAACCCACUGUCUCCCACAUGUCGCCUGCCACGGGAACCCCGACAUCCGUGACAGCCACGGCUACGGCCACGGCCACGACCACCAAGCAACACAGGCCGCUCACUUCUCACUCCGCACCCACGCCAUCUGUCUCCACCACCGCCCACACGACAGGUCCCCCCACGGGGAUAUCCUUCAGGACCACCACCGCCCAGCCCAAGCCAUCACGCCCUGAGACCACCCUCUCCACACAUGCUGCCCCCUCGACCACAUCCUCGGUGACUCCCACCACCCACCGAGUCAUCACCCCAACACACCCGGAGAGCUCUUCCUCCCCCUCUCCUUCCACAUACCUGGGCUCCUCUUUUCUGUCCCCACAGGUCUCGAGCACGAGUACUGGCAUUCACACCCUGACCUCCCUAGGCUCCCUAACCCCGUCCAGUAUAGCCUCCGUUUCCUCUUUCAUUUCUUCCCCAGGUUCGUCCACUCCCACCCUGUCCUCCGUGUCCUCUCUGCCCACCCACACCUUUCCCCCCUCUACUCUGCCCACCACGCCUACUGUUCAUGGGACUCAUGUCUCCCUAUCCAGCACCAGCAUUCUUCCUUCUCUGCCCCGAACCACACCCAGCACCCCCGUGUCCCACACCUUUUCUUCCCACUAUACCACCUUACAGUCUACAAGCCUCACCACUCAAAACCCUGCAUCCAGUUUUUUUUCAUCCACUGUUGGGAUGACAGCCAUCCUCACUUCUCCAGUCACUAACCUCACCACUGGACAAGUUAGUACCGCUAGAGUGCCGACCACCGUGAUCCCGGCCAGCUCGACCUCUUUCCACGGAAGCUCAUCCCUUCAUACCACAGGGUCCUUGUCUACUGGGGCACCAUCCGUCUCCUCUCCGGUGCCAUCUCCGUCCAGCUCUGCAGGGGUCUGCGACGUGAAGGAGCUUGAGGAGGAGGUCACGUACCGAGGGUGCACUGCCAAUGUGACAGUGACCCGCUGUGAAGGCUUCUGUGCCUCCUCGGCCAGCUUCAACACCCACACGAACCAAGUGGACACCCACUGUAGCUGCUGUCACCCGCUCAGCUCCUACCAGAAGCAGUUUGUGCUGCCCUGCUCAGACCCCGAAGCGCAGGGCCAGCAGCUGGUGCUCACGCUACACAUGUUCAGCAGCUGUGCGUGCAGCCCACGGCGCUGUGGGGACUAG